AAGCAAUGAUGCUUGUUGGCAACAAGUGAGGCUGAAGUCACAGGUACCAAACGAAAGAUGUCCUGGACAAGAAAGAUUCUGCUCUUCCUGGGGUUUCUCUCUACUUUGGCUGCAAUCGCUUUAAUUGCUGUAGCAGUGACCCAAAACAAGCCACUUCCAAAGAAUAUUAAGUACGGAAUCGUGCUGGAUGCGGGGUCAUCCCACACCAACCUGUAUGUGUACGACUGGCCAGCAGAGAAGGAGAACGACACGGGAGUGGUGCAGCAGGUGGAGGUGUGUAAAGUCGAAGGCCCUGGGAUCUCAGGUUACUCCCAGGCCACCGAGAAGGCAGGUCCCUCUCUGACGCAGUGCUUACGCAGAGCUGAGGAGGUGAUUCCCCCCAGCCAGCACGCGGAGACGCCCGUCUACCUCGGCGCGACCGCUGGCAUGCGGCUUCUCAGCUUGGAGAAUAAAGAUGCAGCUGACAAAGUCUUGUCCUCAGUAGAGAAGACGCUACGCUCAGCUCCCUUCAACUUCCAGGGUGCCAGAAUCAUCAGCGGUCAGGAAGAAGGCGCCUAUGGCUGGAUCACCAUUAACUACCUGCUGGGCAGUUUCAAGCAGUCUGGAUGGAGAAAACUUCUGCAUAUCCUGAAAUCUAGAAGUGAGACAUCAGGAGCACUAGAUCUUGGAGGAGCUUCAACUCAAAUCACCUUUGUACCAGAUGAGACUCCUUAUGAGUCCCCAGAGAGCUGGCUGCAUUUCCGACUCUAUGGCAAGGACUACAAAGUGUACACACACAGCUUCCUCUGCUAUGGGAAAGACCAGGCUCUGCAGCAGAAACUGGCCUGGGACCUACAGACCAUUGAGAACAGCAGCCUCCUUGAUCCAUGCUUUCACCAGGGGUAUCAGCGGACUAUAAAUAUAAGUGACUUCUUCAGAAACCCUUGUACAUCUGCUGAGAAAAAGCAACUUCCUUUCAACCAGUUGCACAUCCAGGGAGAAGGAGAUUAUCAAAAGUGCCGAAGAAACAUCCAGAAUCUUUUUAACAAAACCAACUGUCCUUACUCCAGUUGCUCCUUCAAUGGUAUAUACCUACCUCCAUUACAGGGGGAUUUUGGGGCUUUUUCUGCUUUCUACUUUGUGAUGAACUUUCUGAACCUGACAAAUGAAAAAAGCCCUGUUCCUCUGGACAGAGUGGCCAGUGCUAUUCAGAGCUUCUGUGCCCGGCCAUGGCAGGAGGUGAAACCAGAAUAUCAUCAAGUAAAAGAAAAGUAUCUGAGUGAAUAUUGCUUCUCUGGGACCUACAUCCUUUCCCUCCUGCAAAAUGGCUAUGAAUUCACUGAAGAGAACUGGCAAAGAAUCCACUUCCUUGGGAAGAUCGGCAGCAGUGAUGCGGGCUGGACCCUGGGCUAUAUGCUGAACCUGACCAACAUGAUCCCUGCAGAGGAGCCUGCCGUGCCCCCUCUUUCCCACAGCAGCUAUGUGGGGCUGAUGGUGCUCUGCUCCCUAGUGCUGGUGGCCGUGCUCGUACUUGCCUGGCUACUCUUCCACAAGCCCAAGUGCCUGCAGAAGGGGAUUGUGUAGGAAGCACUGUGGGGGGAGAGGGACCAUGGCAAUCCAGCUGGGCAGGUCUCGGAGCAACCCUGCAGAGCUGGCCUUGUACUGCAGAGCCCUCUUGCCUCUCGCUGAAGCUGCUGACUGUGUACGAGGGCAUUGAUUUCUCCUGACUCACACUUGCACUGACAGAUGUUGGGACACCAGGCUCGCCACCGCACUCUGCCAAGGAU